AUGGGAGAGGCGACUAGUGAGAACUCAUGGCGUAUGAGCACUAUACAGCACAAUGAAAGCUCUGAAGAUAUAAUCGCGAGUGGCGAUCAUGCCGCGAGCGAACCUGACGACGCCUAUCGAGAGCAAUCUUCCCGUCAGAUAAUUCCCCUGCUAGUCUCGAUCUUUGUGACGAUGUUUCUAGUAGCUCUAGACCGUACCAUUAUCUCCACGAUAACCGAUGAAUUUAGCUCUCUACCAGAUGUUGGCUGGUACGGGAGCGCAUACUUGUUAACGUGCAGUUCAUUCCAGCUAUUGUUCGGAAAAUUCUACACAUUCUGGGCUGUGAAGACUGUCCUCCUUCUGAGUGUGCUUUUAUUCGAAGUCGGUUCCAUCAUAUGUGGGGCAGCACCGAGCUCCGCAGCUUUUAUUGUUGGAAGAGCCAUCUCGGGAAUUGGCGCUGCUGGUGUCUUCAAUGGGGCUAUUGUUUGUAUUAUUCACGCGGUGCCAUUGCAAAAGCGCCCCAGGUUGUUGGGCCUGUUCGGCGCCAUCUUUGGAGUUGCAUCAGUAGUGGGUCCUCUAGUAGGAGGAGCCUUAACCUCGAAAGUGACCUGGAGAUGGUGUUUCUAUAUCAAUGCCCCCGUUGGUGGUGUGGCAGUGAUCAUCAUUUCACUCUGCCUCAACAUUCCUGACCAAGAUAACACCAAGCUUGCUUUGAUGAAGAAACUUUCGCAACUGGAUGUCAUUGGCAACAUGGUCCUAAUACCUGGAGUGGUUUGUCUUCUUCUAGCUCUCCAAUGGGGAGGCCAGACGUAUGCUGUGAUAUACUUCCUACCAGUUUGGUUUCAAGCCAUAGGUGGAGUCUCUGCAGUAGACUCUGGCACUCGGUUGCUGCCUUUGAUGCUAGCAACGGUGGUUGCGACGAUCCUUGCAGGAGUUGCAGUUCAAAAGAUUGGCUAUUAUACACCGAUCGCAAUCGCUGGUUCUUGCAUCAUGUGUGUUGGGGCUGGGCUUCUUAUGACGCUGCAAAUUGACACAGGUGAAGGGAAAUGGAUCGGUUAUCAAAUCCUAUACGGCUUUGGCACGGGCAUGUGUUCUCAGGCACCAAAUAUUGCUGCUCAGACGGUCCUUCCAACACAAGAUGUCUCAAUCGGAGUAGCACUCAUGUUCUUCGGCCAACUCAUGGGCGCCGCUGUAUUCGUUUCCGCUGGACAGAACGUGCUAGACACCCAGCUUGUACAGAGAUUUUCCAAUUUCCCUGGGUUUGAGCCUAGUCUCAUCACCUCGAGUGGCGUCACAUCAUUUCUUAGCUCGCUUCCUGCGAAUUUACGGGAGACUGGCCUUGUGGAGUAUAAUGAAGCAUUGCGAAGGGUGUUUCAGAUUGGACUAAUAUUGUCCUGUCUUACCGCUCUUUGCAUUGCUAUGCUGGAAUGGAAGAGUGUAAUAAAGAAGCCUGACGCAGUCGACGAUGACAUCCAUAACACCAGCAAUGUUGGAGAGAAGGUGGUUGAUGCAGAUGGAAGUGCUUAA